CGGGCGGAAAUAAAUUCGAAAUUACCGUUUCCGAGUCUCCGCAGAAGGUGUUUACCGCUCCUUCACUAUAUAAAGCAUCGAUAUCGGAUCGUUUUUUCAGUGGACACGUUGAUUUUCAUCCAAAUUGGAUCAAAAGUUUACGUUACGCAUCUUCAAAACUGUUUUCCUGUUUCAUUUUGUGCCUUUAUAUUUUCAUCGGAUCAUAUUAUUACUUAGAACUAUGUGUAUUGUGAAUUUAAUAAUUAGAUCUAGGCCUAGAUCUAAAUAUAUCUAGACUAGAUUAUUAUUUCUAGAUCUAGAUUAUUCGAGAUCUAUAAAGUAUAUGAUCUACGUUUCUUUUAUUGUGAUUUGUGCUUUGGCUUUGGUUUAACUUUAAUCAAGUCUUUAUCUAAGCCUAAGCUAGAGAUUUAGAGUCUGUUACGUAGCUCUAGUCUUGAGACUUGAUUGUUCUAUCAUCUGAUCGGACUGUCCUAGAAUACUAGAUAUCCAAAUCUAUUUCUAGAUCUAUAACCUACAUUUGUAUUACAAUGCCUAAAUACGGGACAUCGUUUAAAGCGCUUUGGCUUGAAAAAGAUAUUUACAGAUCUUGGCUUCAAAAAUCAUCCGUCAGUGACACCAAAGCCUUUUGUCGUCAUUGUAAAAAACAAAUUGACAUAUUAUGCAUGGGUGAAGCAGCACUUAAAUCUCAUAUGAAAUCAGAUAAACACAAGCGAGAGUCUGGAAAGUCAGAUGGCUGCUUAAUGAUUGCACCCAUAUUUGCUAAAAAGGCUACUACAGUUACAGCGACUGUCACUUGUCCUACAGCUAUGCCACCAACCCCACAGGUGCAAGCUGCUCAAGUCAUUGAUCCUAGCCAAAAUAUACCAACAACCUCUACGUCAACCCAGGCGCAAUCAUCAAUCAAAUCUCACGUGACCACAGAGGAGACAAACAACGCAGAGAUACUAUGGGCUUUGAAAGUGGUGUGUUCUCAUUACUCAUAUAACAGUUGCCAUGAUAUUGCUGAUCAUUUUGCUCGAAUGUUUCCUGACAGCAACAUAGCUAAAAAAAUGUCUUGUGGAAAAGACAAAAUAUCCUAUCUUGUGUCUUUUGGGCUUGGUCCUUAUUUCCAGGAUCUUCUAAAGGACAAGCUCAAAACUGUGAAUGAUGGUUUUGUACUAUUGUUUGACGAAUCUCUAAAUCGAGAACUAAACAAGAAACAAAUGGAUAUGCAUGUCAGAUACUGGGAUACAGAUAAGGUUGUUACAAGAUACUAUGGCUCUGCUUUCCUGGGUCAUGCUACUGCUCAAGAUAUGCACCAAAAAUUAUGUGAAAACUUUCACUUUGACGGAAAAAGUGUUGUUCAGAUAUCAAUGGAUGGCCCCAAUGUCAACUGGGCCUUGUUCAAAUUACUCAGUGAGGACCUCCAGAAAGCAUCAGAAAAAAAGUUUGUGGACAUUGGCAGUUGUGGGCUUCAUACAAUGCACAAUGCUUUUCGUGCAGGCCUUGCAUCAACUGGCUGGGAACUGGGUCAUUUUUUCUCAUCGCUGUCUUGGCUUUUCAAAGAUACCCCAGCAAGAAGGGAAGACUUCACAUCACUAACUGGCAGCAGUGAUUUUCCUCUUGAACACUGUCAGCAUCGAUGGGUGGAGAAUGUUGAGGUUGCAGAGAGAGCUCUCAAAGUAUGGCCCCACGUAAAAAAAUUCAUUCAGUCUUUAAUUACUGCUAAAAAGGCAAUCAACACAGUCUUUUGAGCACCUGAAAGGCUGUAUGGAUGAUGUACUACUAAUUGCCAAAAUUGAAAGCUUCAUAUCCAUUGCAAAGGUUUUGCAACCUUUUUUAAAAAGAUAUCAAACAGAUGCACCACUGUUGCCCUUUAUGGCCCAAGACCUCUUCAACAUGCUUCGGUCAUUGUUGCAAAGAUUUGUGACACCAGCUGUUUUUAAAGAAUGCACUUCAGUUACAGCACUGCUUAGUGCAGAUUUGUCUGAUAUAAAAAAUCUUCUGCCUCCUGGAGAAGUUGACAUAGGUUUUAAAGCCAAAUCUGCUGUCAAGGAAAUUAAGAGUAAAGCCAGUGCAAGGGAUAUUUUCAACUUCCAGAUGGAGAGCAGAAAGUUUCUGGUAACAACAGCCAUAAAAUUAAUGACAAAAUCUCCACUGAAAAAUCAACUUGUCCAGUGUUUGAAAUGGCUACAGCCUAAAAACAUUGUAGAAGAUUUUGAUGGUUCUUUAAGAGACUUAGAUGCCACUUUGAGCUACUUAGUUGAGCUUGGCCGUGUCAGCGCAGAUGACUGUGAUGAUAUCAAGUCGGAAUUCACCCAGUGGCACAGUUCCAUUGUCACCACAAAUUCUAUAGUAUUCCAGUCCUUUAGUAUCCAAUGUGAUAGACUGGAUACUUUUUUUAAUCAACAUAUUAACAGUGAAUUCAGUAAACUAUGGGCACUAAUAAGAGGAAUUUUGAUUCUGUCUCAUGGCCAAGCCCAGGUCGAGAGAGGUUUCAGUACCAAUAAAGAGACAAUGUGCGUCAACAUGAUGGAGAGAACACUUAUAGCCAAGAGAAUGAUUUGUAACAGCAUUGAAGCAAUGGGAGGAAUUAAAAAUGUAACAAUUUCUUCAGGCAUGCGAAUGGCUGCUGCUUCAGCCAGAUCAAAGUAUAGAAUUUAUCUGGAAGAAAGUGCUGAGGAGGAAAAAAGAAAGAACCUAAAAAGGAAAAGAAACGAUCAAUUUGAAGAACUUGAGGCUAUGAAAGCCAAAAAAGCUAGGAUUGAAAGGGACAUUACAAGCCUCACUGACUCUGCGGACAAGCUUGCAGAAAAAGCAGAAAACACUAACAGUCACAAAUUUUUAAUAGAAUCCAAUGCUUUACGUCGCUCUGCAAAGCUUAAAAAAGAGCAAAUUGAAAAACUUACUUUGGAAAUAGAAACCAAAGUGAGGGAGAUCAGUGGACUCUAAAAAAACAUUAAAAACCCUUGUAUAUAUGUAAAUAUAUUGUAAAGAAUGGAUGUUCAAGAUGCGUUUUAUGGUAGGCCUUACACUCAUACUAGUUUAUAAUGUAUUUUUUGCAUGUUUUGAAUAUCUUGAGUAAGUUAUUUUUAUUUAGUAAUCAAAUCUAAAUUAUUCCAACCUAUAUAUAUAUAUAUAUGGGCUAUAAAUAUUUUUAUAAAUUUUUUGGCGCGAACUCUAUGUCCUGGAAUUUUUAAAUUUCUCCUUGAAAACUCCUUGAAUUUCAAUUAGACUUUGGUGCAGAAACCCUGAUUCUUGUAAGAAAGACUCUGGACUCUUGAGCAGCUAUAGGAAACUUAAGCUUAAUGAACUUAAUGAACUCUUGAAAAGGUCUACAGUCUACUUUAGCAUUCCUGUUCAUGUUUGGCUAAUCAUUUAAAAAGAAUUUUAGUCUAAAAUAGUCUAAAUUGAUAUUUAGCCAGACCGAUUUUAGCUGAUGUCGAUAUAGAUUAGCAGACCUGCCUACCGUUACGCAAAAUGCGUAUUCGUUACGCAAAAUCUCCCAAAAAUGACCGCCAGUACGCAAAUACGCAUUUAACCCAUCGCAUUACGCAUUUCGUAUGCUGUUUUUUUCGCCUCUCUAGACUAGCUUACAAGCGGUCACGGAGGUCACGCUAAGCCCACCUGUGUGGAGAGGGGCGAAACAGAAAAGGUGGGGUGAACAGUGUGCCCAGAUCUAUACGUGGAUUGGUACUUAAUAGCAAUUAGAUGUCUAGAAAUGAAGAACGCGAGAGUGAGGGAGUGGCGGGCUGGUACCAGGUAGGUACCGUCAGUUAGCUGAUACACCAACGUGACUUUUUUUUUUUUGUAAGUUCAUUAGUAGAAAUUAAUUAUGUUGAAUCCCUGAUUACCGUAUUCAUUUGUAUAGAAAAAAAAUCGAUUCAAAACACAUUGAGUGACAUUGUAUGAUUGUAGAUAUCUAGUCUAGAUCUGGAUUCUAGAUCUAGAUUAAUCUAGAAUCUAGAUAACUUGUUAUACAGGAAUAGAGUCUAGCUAGUCAUUACGUUAUGAUUCUCUACAUUACCCUACAAUCUAUGAUUUAGAAUUUAGAUUGACUAGAUCUAGAUCGAUAACAUCUACUACCAUCUAGUCUAGAUUCUUAGUCUUAGUAUAGAAUAGAUCAAGGAUGAAGGUAGGCCUACGAAAGUUUGGAGUAGACCUACGUUUGUAGCGGAUCCACGGCAUCGGUAACACUCUUGAGCCCAGAUCUAGAGUAGAUUAUAUUCAUUAUAUAGACAUAGAUCUAGUCUAGAUAUCAUCUCUAUUGAUCUAGAUUUAGAUUGUAGAUCUAAUCAUGAUAUCUAAUAUUAUAUAUAUAUUAUAUAUAUAUAUGACAAAAUAGUGGAUCACGUAAGUGUUAGAGUGUUACGCAUUCUGGUGCCAAAAUACGCAUUUUGACCGUAAGUGUUACGCAUUUGGACUUUUUUUGGUAGGCAGGUCUGGAUUAGGGACAUUAGUCUAGUAAAAAAAAGUAUAUGGCGGAAAACUGAGCACUCAACAUUCUAGUACUUUUAGGACCAUUUUUUGAAUUUCGAAUUUACUAUUAUUGACAUUAUAUUUCAAUUUUAUUGCCCAAGAAUAGAGAUUCAAAAAAAAAAAAAAAAUCAGAAGCAA